AUGUCUGCCCAUAACCCAACUGCUACAAUUAUUUCACCUCAGAAGCAAGAAUUACACAGUGAGACCACAAAUGACCAAUCUUUCAGGUCCUACCCUCCAGCUACAGCCAAAUAUGAAGAUAUUGCUCAAAGUCCAGACCUUUUUUGGGAAAAGCUCAAAGCUUUUCAUAAUUCCUUUGGCACCAAAUUCAUGGUUCCUACUGUGGGAGGAAAGGCUCUAGAUCUUCACCAUCUUUUUCUGGAGGUCACUUCUCGUGGUGGCAUUGAGAAGGUAAUUAGAGAUCGUAAAUGGAAGGAAGUGAUUGCAGCCUUCAACUUCCCAACAACAAUUACCAGUGCAUCAUUUGUCUUAAGGAAGUAUUAUCUAUCAUUACUCUAUCAUUUUGAGCAGGUCUAUCACUUCAACAAACAAGUUCCUUCAGUUUCUGUGACUGAUGCAGUGAAUGGGAGCCUUGGUAAUGGAUUUGCAACCCUAGAAGAAGGUUCCGUUACAAACCAGUUGACUGGAAGUCAGCAAUUGCAACUUGGCUGUUCAGUGAGUGGAAUCAUUGAUGGCAAAUUUGAUAAUGGAUAUCUGGUUACUGUGAACCUGGGCUCUGAUCAGCUUAAAGGUGUCCUAUACCAUAUUCCUCAUACAUUUCACGAAUCUCAGGAUUCUCGUGCUUCAGAUUUACCUCCUCACCGGCGUCGAAAGAGAUCCAGGUUAGCCUUACGUGAUCCCUCUCAGCCCAAGUCAAACAGGAGUGGCUACAAUUUUUUCUUUGCUGAGCAUUAUGCCCAGCUAAAGCCCCUACACUAUGGGCAAGAGAAAGUCAUUGGCAAGAAGAUCGGGCUCUUAUGGAACAACCUUACGGAGUCAGAAAAACAGGUUUAUCAGGAGAAAGGUUUGAGGGACAAGGAGAGAUACAGGAAUGAAAUGUUGGAAUACAGAGCUUCAUCUGUUCAAUAUUCUGCUGUUGUUGACGAUGCUGUAGUUAAAAGGUUACUGGCUUUUGUAUUUAGGAGCAUCCUUGUUAUAGUCAAGGAGUUUGAACUUUCACCGCCUCUGGCUUCUCUUUGUAAAAGCCGACUCUUCCUCUUACUAGCAAUCAAUCAUGGUGGUCCAUCUCCUUAUCCCCAAGUUGUCCUGAUCAAGUUGAGUUAA